AUGUGGGCGAUGACGGCUCGAUCCAAAGGUAACGACGUUACCUGUGUAUGGUGUCGAUCUCCUUGGCCAACAGAAGAUGGUGGAGCAGGUAAGGGCAAAGGCAAAGCUAGUGGUCCGCAAUAUUCUUCGAUGGGAUAUCUCAAUAUGGCUGCGGAAGCUGGUAUGUCCCGUGAGAGAGAUGUCAGUACAUAUCAUUGGGGUCACCGAUAUAGAAACUCUGAUUGA